GUGGUUUUCACUAUGGAACAAAUAUAGGGUCCUAUCAGCCAACAAAAUAAAUGUUGAUUAAUCAAUAUUUCUACAAGUUUUACAAAAAAAAAAAAUAAGCAGGUGAAAACAUAAAUAAUGAAAUACGAAAAUAUGGUCAUAAGGACAGCUGUAGCUCUAUCUUCUUAAGUCUGCAUCUUUCUGUCUCGUUUGUGUACAGUUGUAUUGUCGACGUGGUCUUUUAUUUCGUCAAUUGUCACAGAAUCAAGAUGAUCAAAGCAUUAAUUCUAAUUGGUGGUCCUUUGAAGGGAACAAGAUUUCGUCCCCUAUCAUUAGAAAUACCUAAACCAUUAUUUCCUGUGGCUGGUUAUCCUAUGAUAUAUCAUCAUAUUGCUGCUUGUUCCAAGGUAAAGGAAAUCAAAGAAAUUAUUCUCAUUGGAUUUUAUCAGCCAAAUGAUGCUUUAAAUAAAUUCAUAACAUCCUCACAGAAAGAAUUUAGAAUACAAAUCAGAUAUUUACAGGAAUAUACAGCUCUAGGAACAGCGGGUGGUAUUUAUCAUUUCCGAGAUCAAAUUCUCACAGGGAAUCCUGAAUAUUUCUUUGUAUUAAAUUCUGAUGUAUGUGGUGAUUUUCCCCUACAAGAUAUGUUAGAUUUUCACAAGAGAAGACCAGAUGGUUCCUAUGGUACUGUAUUAGCCACAGAGGCAACAAGACAACAAUCAUUAACUUAUGGCUGUAUUGUAGAAGAUCAAGAUACUCAUGAGGUACUACAUUAUGUUGAGAAACCAGAAACGUUUGUUAGUACCUUGAUCAACUGUGGUAUUUACCUCUUUUCACCACAAAUAAUACAAACUCUAGAAGUAGCCUUUAAAAAGAAUUUAGAAGAAAAUUAUAAUUUUGAUUUCAAUCUACCAUCGAAAGAAGUGAUUCGAUUAGAACAGGAUGUUUUACUACCGCUAGCAGGAGAUAGGAAACUCUAUGUAUAUCAGACAAAAAAAUUUUGGAGUCAACUGAAAUCAGCUGGGGCAGCUAUAUAUGCUAAUAGACAUUAUUUAGCUAUAUAUAGAGCAAGAGAUUGUGAUAAACUGGCUGUUUCUGGAGAUAACAAACCUACUAUAGUUGGUGAUGUUUUUAUCCAUCCUUCUGCUGUAGUCCAUCAUAGUGCAGUGUUAGGACCCAAUGUGACUAUUGGUAGAAAUGUUGUAGUGGGAGAAGGUGUUCGAGUCCGAGAAUCUAUUAUAUUAGAAGGUGCUACAUUACAGGAUCAUUGCUGUAUAUUAUAUUCUAUUGUGGGCUGGCACUGUACAGUUGGUGUAUGGACUAGGGUUGAGGGGACGCCUAAUGAUCCCAAUCCUAACAAACCGUUUGCUAAAUUAGAAAUCCCUAGUAUGUUUACAAAUGAUGGUAAACUCAAUCCUUCUAUCACAGUCAUUGGUUCUGAUGUACAAGUACCACCAGAAGUUAUUAUUUUGAAUUCUAUAGUAUUACCACAUAAAGAUUUAGCCGGCUGUUAUAAAAAUCAAAUUAUAUUAUAGGUUUCUGUAUAAAUUAUCAUGUUUCAUUGCAAGUCACACAUACCAAACUACUUAUGGUUCUAAGCCUUUUUCAAAAUUCUACUUGUUAAGUGGAGGAAGAGAUUCAAAAUGGUUGUGAGCUACGUUCGCGUGUGUUAUUUCCACAUUAGAAUGAUAUGUAGUUUUGAAGGGCAAGUCACAUUGAAGGUUUAUUUAAAUCACAACAUAUGUUAUUUCUUGUUUCUCUGUUUUGGGCUAUAUUCAUAUAUAUACUUACAGGGAUUUGGUGUAUAAAUGUAUAAGUAUACUUUGAUGAGUUCUUAAACAAACAUCAGGUUAUCAAAUUAAAUUAUGUAAUGGGACACUAUUGGUGGUCUCAAGGAGAAUGGUUUGAAUUCAGGGGAAUUCUGCAGGUUUUUUUAUUAUUAGCCAUAAUCUUAUAUAUAAUGGUGUAAAACAUUUGCCAAUUAUCAAAAUUCAACAUUAUCACAAGUCAUUUGUGAAAAUUGUCACCGUUUUUCAUUUUUCACAAGUCAAAUUGACUUUAACUUAAAUCAUUAUACUGACUUCAUGAUGAAGUCUUCAUCUUAUUCUGUAUACACAAAAUUAUGUAAGAACAUAUUGGUAUCACAAUAGAGAAUUAGAUUUUUAACUGUGAGUGUAAAUGUAUUAUAUUUCUGGUAAAGACAUUGGUAGGGUUAACGAUGCAAUUUUUAACUCCAUUUACACAUUACUGACAAGUAUUAGGCCUAACAUGUAGUAUUGGAAGUAUAUUUCGCAUUGUUAAGAUUAUUUGCAACUGGCUUUGUAGAACCCUCCCUUAUAUCUAGUUUAGAAUGUGCAAUUUUAUGACAAAUGUUAUAACAGUUUUGUUGGUGUACAUCUUCAAAUUGUGCCAUUGUCAGAAAGAACAACAAUUUUGUAUGAUUGAAAUUAAGUAUGAUUGCCUAUGAUUUUGACCUAUAUCAGACCUUAAAUACUACGGCUUAGAAUGAACAUAUAAUUAAGAAUUUUAAACUUGGCCAAUAAGAGUAUCUAUUCAUCAGUAGAUAUAUCUGGUGUCAUAAAUAACAUAACAGGAUCCUUACAUAAUCUGAUAAAUCCGAAAAAAAUUGGUAAUUAUCCAUAAAUAUGCAAUUAACUAUUGUAAAACACUUCAGAUUAAGCGUUUUUUCAAUAGUUACUUAGCUUUAUGAAUUUUCCAAUUUUUCUAGAUUUUACAGGGAUUCUGUUGUAACUUUAUGACACCAGGUAAGUUCAAUGAUGAAUAUGUACUCAUUUUGACCAUUCUUCAGAACUGUAAUUUUAUGUUCAUUCUAAGACCUAGGAUCACUUCAAGUUACAUGUUUUCGUUUCUGAAUGCAGUAUCAAAAUUUAUAUAUUUAUUUUCUUUUAUUGUUAUUUGUUUGGAAAUAUAAGUAUACAUUUAUUUUUCAAUCUAAAAUAGUUUAUAUUUUUCAACUUGUGCAAAUAUAUUUGAACCAUCAAUUGUUAUAUUGUGUUCUGAAUUUAAAGGCCAGAAUGGUUAAUGAAAUGUGAGUUAAAUCUUAUGUACAGGUUAUUUAUUCGUUCAAGCUUGUUUUUUCUUUUCUUUGAUAGGAAAUUUUUUAAAACCAGAACCAUGAACUAAAUUAAUAGAAAUUAGUAAUGAGCAUAGAACUUGUUCGAAUACUUAUAAUAGAGACUUUAACUAUUUUUAAGAUCUAUUGUGUAUUGUUUAUUAAGUUAUAAGUGGGUUUGAUAUUUUAUUAAAUUAUGGUUUGUUAUAAAUAAAUAUUGUUAUGUUU